AACCACACCCAUCAAUAUUUUUUAUUGUCAUUAUUUUUUUUUUAUUAAUCUAUUUAAUAUCUAUGCAAUACAAUAUGUAGAGUAUGCCAAAAAUCAAUUUCUACUUGUAACAAUGGAAAGUUUCCUUUCUAUGCAACAGCCAACAACAAUGCAGUCAAACAGUAGUUCAGGACAAUGGUAAACUAGUGUUAACUAGUGGAUAAAAGAACAGAUCACAAUGUCAAUCAUAUGUGAGGAGUCUCACCUGUGUUUUGGGGAAGAGCCUGAACCAACUCAUAAGAUUUCUCAUUUGUGUUUUGGAAAACGCUAUCGUCCACAAUUGGAUCAGCUAGAGGCGCGGGCAGUAGCCUCAGUACUGGAGAAUGCUGUUGACCAGCUGACCGUUCUAGGAAAAACCCUUCCUGAGAUUGAAGGAGACUGGAAUGAAAACUUCAGAGAUUUAGAAGUUCGCUUUGGUAAACAGCCACCUUUGCCGAAAAAGUAUCCAGAGAUGGCUGGGAGAUGGCCUUCACAAACAGAGGCAUUGCUGAAGGUUCAACGCGAUCGCCAGUUUUGUGGGGGAAUUUUGGAUGCUGUUUUAGCAGAACUUCGGGACACUGGCAGCUUUUCAACUUUACGCACAUCUCUCGAUUGGCAUAGUGCUAUGAUAGCAGAUGAACACAAAUUGCUUGAGCAGCAUGAAGAGGAACUAGAAAGAAGACAAGAGCUGUUAAAACAGCUUUCCAAUGACCGGAAGAACAUGCUGGAUCAGAAAACAUUUUGGGAGGACAAGACAGAGUUAUUGACGAGUAACUUACAUGACACUUACUUGCUUGGAGGACUUUCUAUUUCAUAUGCAAAUGCUUGGGAACACAAUAGACGAGAACAACAAGGACUUGUACUGGGCCACAAAGAGGAUACACUUCAUGAUGCAAUAGAACGAAUUCAAGAUCCAGAUGGACCAAAUGAAGAGCGCAUUCAUACUGAAGUUAUGCGUUUUCUAGAAAAAGACACGGAGAUACUAAGAAAGGAUCUGGAUCACUGGACUGACCUGUAUGAUGCUGAAAUGAUGCAGCGAGAGACAGAAAAUAUGCAACUGAAGAGUAAACUUGAACAACAAAAAGAGGAGCGAAGGGAGCUCGUAGAGGAAGACAGACGUCGUAUUAAAAUAGUAAGGGAAGCUGCUGGGCUAAGAGCACAAUAUGAAGAAAAGAAGACUGUAAUGAAGAGUAUUAUUGCUAUUCAAGCUUGGUGGAGAGGAGUUAGUUUCAGAGCUGGCAUUAGGACAACAAAACCUAAAAAGGACAAGAAAAAGAAAAAAAAGAAGAGGAGAAAGGGGAAAAUAGGACAGAAAGGGACAAAAAAGAAAGGUAAAGGAAAGACCUAGGUUAAAGUAAGUG